CCCACAUCUCAUCCGUAGUAAAUAACAAAAAUGGCGAAUAAGCUGGUUAUAGCCGUGGUGUUUGCCGUAGUAGCGGUGGUGGUGUGCGAGGCGAGGCAGGAGCUAGGGGUGCCUCCUCAGAUGAGGAACGAGUGCGAGCUCGACAACCUCGACGCCCUCGAACCCACCGACACCAUCCCAUGCGAGGCCGGUCGGAUAGAGUACUGGGACCACACCCACCCUCAACUCCGUUGCGCCGGUGUCUCCGUCGUCCGACGCGUCAUCCAACCCGGUGGCCUCUACCUCCCUACCUUCCACAACGCCCCUCAGAUCACCUACGUCGUCCAAGGUAGGGGACUAGCGGGAAGAGUGAUACCGGGAUGCGCAGAGACGUACAUGGACUCUCAAGGGUUGGGAGGGGAACAAGGACAGCAGAAGUUCAGGGACAUGCACCAGAAGGUGGAACAUGUCCGCCACGGCGAUGUCUUCGCUUGGCCUUCCGGCACCGCCCACUGGUGCUACAACUCCGGCGACCAGCCUCUCGUCACCAUCUCCCUCAUCGACAUCGCCAACCAACAUAACCAACUCGAUCGCAACCCUCGUGCUUUCCGUCUGGCGGGCACCAACCCGAAAGGAAGCCGAGGUGUUGGAGGUGGUCGUGGCAUGCAACAAGAACAGAACAUAUUUAGUGGUUUCGACCCACAAAUCUUGGCAGAUUCCUACAAGAUCAGCCUCCAGACAGCGCAACAACUUCAAAACCAGCAAGAUAACCGUGGUAACAUCGUACAUGUCAAGGGACCCUUCCAGGUGGUUAGGCCGCCUCUCAGACAGGAGUACGAGAGCGAGGAAUGGAGACAACCACGCGGCCAGAACGGCCUGGAGGAGACCUUUUGCAGCAUGAGGUUCCACGAGAGCAUCGACGACCCAGCUCGUGCUGAUGUGUACAAGCCCCAGCUCGGCCGUGUGACCACCGUCAACAGCUACACCCUGCCCAUCUUGCAAUACGUCCGACUCAGCGCCACUCGGGGUCACAUCAACGGCAACGCAAUGGUGUUGCCGAAAUGGACGAUGAACGCGAACGAGAUCCUGUACUGCACGGGUGGGCAAGCGAGGAUACAGGUGGUGAACGACAACGGGAAGAACGUGCUCGACAAGCAGCUGCAGAAGGGGCAGCUAGUGGUGAUACCGCAAGGCUACGCAGUGGUGAUGAGAGCGCAGGGAAACAAGUUCGAAUGGAUAUCACUAAAGACCAACGACAAUGCCAUGGUUAACACUUUGGCUGGUCGGACAUCGGCUCUGAGGGCAUUGCCGUUAGAGGUCAUAAUGAACGCGUACCAGAUAUCUCAGCAAGAGGCUUGGCAGAUCAAGUUCAACACUCCCGAGACCACUCUCACUCACGCCGGCGGCAGACAGCAGCCGCAGCAGAUGAUGAUGAUGGAGGAGAUAGUCGAGGACUUGAUCCAAGCUUAAGGAUCGGAGGCCUUCAGGCAAAUUUUAAUAAAGUUGAGUUCUGUUUUCAAACAUGUGAUAUAGACUUUGGUCGUACUCCGCUCCGUAGAAAAAUGUAUGUGCCUCCCUCUUCCGUUGGCACUUUGUAAACUUUUCCUCUAAUAAAUAAAAAAGGGAGACUUUAAAUAUA